AUGUGGAAGAGUUGCGGGGGCCACCGGAUGGAGUGGAGUUACCGUAGGCUUAGGCGAAAGCGCAAGCCGGUUUUCUUGAAUGACUACACUGCUGGGAAGAAGAAACAACGACAUGGGCCCGUGGUAGUAGACACCCUGAAACCGGCGGACGCCCGGCUGUUAAAAUUUUUCCAGAAGUGGAUCACUUAUGCUAGGGACAAUGGCCGUCCUAGGGAUGUUCACACUGGCGAAGCCACUAGAUCGUGGUUCGUGAAGUUGAUGGUGCUGAACGAAUGGCUCGAAGAUGCUCAAAUUGAUGCCAUGGCGCACUUAUUGAGAAGAAGACGGACCCUGUACUUAGAAGUCUACACCCGAAAAGGUGUAGUUUUGGACACAUCUGCUCCACAGUUCUUUUCCAUGUUUUGGAAUAUGUGUGAGGGUGACAGGAGCAAGAUGAAAUGGGAUGAGAGCGUCAUGAGUUACGUGCAGGGGAUACCGCACAGAUACUUGCCAUGUUGGGAGAAGCAGGAGUACAUAUACUUUGUGUUGCACCUUCCCAAAGAGCGCCACUGGGUGGCAGUUGAGGUGGAUAUCGAGAACUGGGAGAUCAUUGUAUAUGAUUCUGAUAUCGGUGCCACCGUUGAGGCAGCCAUGGAGUCAUAUUUGAAGCCUUACAGCGAGCUCUUUGCAAAUCUAAUUCGAGAUAGCGGUUAUUUCCAAUACAAUAAUUAUGUACAUCCGGUGGAGUUGGGCGAUCUCAGUCAGCUCCUACCCCUCCAUUAUAGACGAGCUACCUCGGAGGUUGUACCACAAACGAACAGCAGUGGCAAUUGUGGAAUGUAUGCCAUGGAGCACAUUGAGCACUUGAUGCUGGAUCGGUCGUUGGAGCAUGUGCAUGAUGAUAACAUGCUCACCUUUAGACAUAGGUGGUGUGUGGACCUAUUUUACCAGAACUUAACGUGGUAGUUUUUUGUAGGUUUUUGCAAUGUUAAUCUUGUACACAUAAACUCCCCUUUUGUAAUUGUAUUAUAAUCUCACCAAAUUUAUAUAUAACAAGUAAAUUUAAAGCUAUUUAAAUUGUUGCUUGUAUCAA